AUGUCUGAAAGAUGCCAACUAGUCGCGAUCAAGAGGUUGAUUAGGGAAACUCCGACAAACAAGGCAGAAGACUCCUUAUCAGAGCUCGGGGUUUUAGAAUAUGUCGACCAUCCUAACAUUGCAAAUGUUAUUGGCUAUGGGAUUGAAGGAGGGAUGCAUCUUGUUCUUCCUUUGUCUAUUAAUGGGAGCUUGUCAUCUAUCACAGACUUCGGGCUCGCGAAGUGGAUUCCUGAUGAGUGGACUCAACUCACCGUCUCAGAGUUAGAAGGCACGUUAGGGUAUCUUCCUCCUGAGUUUUUCAUGUACGGCAUCGUGGAUGAAAAAACUGAUGUUUAUGCGUUUGGUGUACUAUUGUUAGAGCUCAUAACUGGUCGGCCAGCCAUAGACGAUUCACAUCAAGGCCUCGUGAUGUGGGCCAAGCCUAUGCUCAUCAGCAAGAACUAUUCAGAGCUAGUUGAUUCAUCACUUGGUGAUGCUUAUGACUCAGAACAGAUGAAGCGAAUGGUUAUGGUUGCUUCUAUAUGCAUACAUCAAUCUUCAACAGAAAGGCCUCAAAUGAGCCAGGCAUCUGUUCCAUUUAACAAGUGUUUACUGUGA